AUGGCUGCACCAGUCGUGGCCCUAGCCCGUCAGCUCGCUGAAUUGAAUGCUGAACAAGUUGCGAAUUCGGAAAGGAGGGCGGUCGAAGAGGCUAUGGUCGUGGAAGUGGGAAGACUAGAGGCUGAACACCGAGAAGAAGUUGAAGAGGCUGCGGAUGAAGUCCGGGAAGAAAAUGUGGUUGCUCUUCAGGACACUCAAGGAUUUCUAGUUCACAUCCGAGUGACGUUCCAACAAACGGUGAUUUAUGCUGCUGUCUUCAAAUUACAUUUCGGGGUGAGCGAAAAGAUGGCUGGUUUUCUGGACGAUUUUCUUGCCAUGAAAGGUGUGGUCCUUCCUGAGCCGACGAAUAACUCAAUCAAGAAACUGAUGCAUGAUGCCCCCCAGCGGUUCGGUCACACAAAGUUUUUCUAUUGCAACCCUUGCGACUCACGUCUGAGUGGAUCUAAGGCA